AUGUCUCAACACGCGCGGUAUGCAUCUCGUACCGACGAAGAGAUUCGCAAAGAGAUGGACCCCGGACACGUUCCAUAUCGUAUGGGCUGGCCGACACUUGCACCUCUGCCGAUGGACACCGACAUAGAUGCGAGAUGGAUGAUACCAGGCUCAUAUCAGAUACUGCGUGAUGUGCAAGACAUUCUCAUAGCACAUGGCUUGCUCAGGGGGACUACCGCGUUCUACUUUGCGUUUCGCACUCCUCGGGAUGCUACUGAGGAGAACGACAAUAUAGCGCAUUUGACGCUCUUGAUACGGGUCGACAUGCUGAAGCACGCUCGUCAUGAGAUUGAAGAUGCUAUCAUCAGGAUCAGGGCCAGCUUCCGCGAUAAUUCCUGGACGGAGGACGCCCAGAUUGAGUGCAUAGACUAUCGAGUAAGGCAAUCUACCGGCAUGUCUUUCCCCAUCCGCCAUGAUGAGCACAACAUACGUCAACAAUGGGAAGCCAUAUCUUCCGAUGUCAUGUCUUUGCUGAGCAAGCAUGAAUGGCUUUCGGUAGAAAUUCUUCGUCGAGGAUUGAUCGACGAGCGCAAGGAGUGUCCACCAACAAUUGUCAUUACUACACCUACUGCGCGCGAUCCCAAGUGGUUCGAUUUCGUGGUACCUUCGAUUAUGGCCGAGAUUGCCAAGAGAGCUCCAGACUUUGGCAUCGAAAUACUAUGUGGGAAGACGAUGCUGGGGGCGAAGAGGCGAAACAGCUUGACCGACAACGUCAAUGGCUCAUCAUACACCAAAAAAGCCCAUAUGGGAUGUUCUCUUGGAAUUGCGAACGAUGAGAAAGGUUGCAGUACUUUGGGUGGAUCUGUCACUCUUUCCGGGGGUGUUCGGUGCGGAAUAACAAGCUGGCACGGCGUCCGCGAUUCACGACUUGACAGCGUCAUCUCUAACACGGCCAACAAGGCUCUGGGUGCCGACAACAAGACCCUGGCCAACAUGCCUCAAGCCAUGGUAUCGCCAGCGACGUUCGACCAUUCCGGCUACCUCGGACUGCUGCAAAAGCAGAUUACGCUUUACCGUACUUACGCUGCUGAUGGAGAUGUGGAAUUUAAGAUGUUGCACAAAGAGAAGGAUGAAGAGUACAAGAAAUGCAAAAGCUUCGACCGACGUAUUGGCUACGUCUACGCAGGUUCAGGCCGUCGAACUAUCGACGCCAACAAGUACACAUCAGAUCCCGAUACCGACCGAUCCAAAGACAAGAUGAAGGCGUUGCAGCCUACGUUCGUCUUCCCCCUCGACUGGGCGUUGAUCCGUAUGGACGAUACGAAAAAACGCGACGUUACCAAUCGUCUGCCUGAUGUUUACUCUACCAAGACGAAACUUGUCCCAGAGCAGAAGUGCAGGCAAUGGUCAACCUUCAAUGUCAACAAAGAAGAAGUGCAUGUUGCCAAAUACGGGCGCACGAGUGGCUGGACGGCCGGCACCAUCAACGCUUGCAUGAUUAUCAUCAACCCUGAUGCAGACGAGGAGAUCUUGGGCGCCUAUGGCAUCGGUGCGAAGAACGUGGCAGCGUGUUUUGGCGUGGUUAGCGAGGACGAGAGGGAGGACUUCGCUGGGUUUGGUGAUAAUGGCAGUGUAGUAUUACACGAAGGAUCAGGCACGCAGCUUGGAUUACUUGUCGGGGUGACUAGUACUGGACAAGGAAUGUUUCUUCCUAUGGACGUUGUCUUUGAGGAUAUUAAGAGGGUCACUGGUAGAGACGUUGUCAGACCGUCUUAUGUCGGGAAGUUGACAUCAUCUCCAGCGAAAUAG